GAUGGACAACCAUGGACCGAUGAUGAGAUUAAUAUGUUUUCCGCCUGGAUUUACGAUGGUAAACAGCAAGGGGUCAAGAUAACCGAGGAUGAAGGAAAUAAAAUUAGUUCUUACAUGGAACCGACUUUUCCUACUGACGUUAAAAUUGACGAGUCUACUGAUGAACCUUUAGACCCUAGUUCACUGAACUUUCAAGACCAUGUUCUUAAAAUGUUUGCAUUGGGCUAUAGAAAUACAAUGUGGAAGAUUACUGGAUAUUUAGAUUUACAUGAUUAUAAUAGUGUUAAUAGUAAUAAAGAUGAUAUUUUUCUGCGGUUAACAAGGUUAGAAACUGAUAUUACUACUCCUAUGAUGCCCAGAAGGAAUCCUUGGCCUAGAAAAAAUAUUCUUCUUUUUUAUCGCUGGGCAAUUCAAGGUCAAAAUUCUAAGGAAAAUUCAACAAGUACUCCAACUGAUUGGCCUAGUGGGUCUCUUGUGUUAAAAA